AUGAAUCCUGACAAUGCCAAGAUUCAUCUGGCUCAAAAUGUAAAAGAGUGGUUCAGGGAAUGUCACAGACUGAAGUCUCGAGAACACAGCUGCCUUUUCACAAACUUUCAUUGUCAUGCCCCAGACUGCCUCCAGCAUAAAGCAAGUUUGCUUAAAUGCUAAACUACAGCUCAUGAUCUAGUCCGAAUGGCUGCCAGUUAUACUUGUUUGACUUUGCUGCUCUGGAUUCUCAACAUCUCAGUUGUCAGAUCAUCAGAAACACCAUUCAAGGUAACCGAAGGCAGCACCGUGAUUCUGUCCUGUCAUUACUCCGUGAAGCAGCAUGGCCUGAGCCAUGUCUGCUGGGGUCGAGACUGCGGAACCUUCUGGUGCAAUGACAUCAUUGUUCAGACAGAUGAAAGUGGGGUCAUCUCAAAGGUCUCUGACAGGUACAGACUUAUCGGAGAUGUUCUCUCUGGACAAAUGGACCUGGGGAUCCAGAGGAUACGACGGACAGACAGCGGGCCGUACUGUUGCAGGAUAAACAUCGAUGGGCUUUUCAAUGACAAGAAGGUGACCUACACUUUAAAGGUCAUGAAAGCUGCAACAACAACAGUACAAGCAACUACUACACUUCAUACUACAGAGCCACUGCAAACUCAGAUGGUGUCUACUCGCUCAGAUGAGCCCAGAGAUAUUGAGUCAUCAGCUUUUGACAUUUAUGAACAAAACCUCACCCUACAAAAUGCUAAUCCGAUGUCUGAUGAAGCAAUAACAAGCAUAACACUACAGAUCAACAUCCCUGUACUGUCUCUGUCUCUCAGUCUGCUCUUGCUUCUCUUGGGGGCAUUAGCCCUGCUGGCCUUCAAAUGUGGGUUUCAUACGAAGGUCAUAGAUGGUGGAUGUCUGUCAAAAGAGCCAAGGCACAUUGUUUACGAAAUACGGACCAGAAGACCAGUGGAGGAGAAUAUUUAUAUCUUGGAAUAG